CUGAGAAAAAAUUUCAAACUUCUUGUUGUUCUUUUUGCCCCAGGCCAAGCUAAGGCCUGGUUAUGGUCUGAUGGCGGCCAUGGCAAAAAGAACAGCCACGCCUCAAUAUUCUUGAAGUUCUCGUCAAAAAAAAUUCUUUCCCCACCUUCAAACUUCAUGAAAUUAAUCUGAAUCUAAUUAACAUAUUCACCCUUUUCAUCCGUCACAAAAAAGUUGUUCGUUUUUUUUUAUAAUAUAAUCAGUUUCCCUCUUAAAGUUCUCCUUUCUUUUGUUGUGUUGUUCUUUGGAGUUUUACGGAACAGUUUUUUUUUUUUAUAAAAAAAUGGCGCCUGGGUUUGUAAGAACAAGAUCAAACAUCGAAGGAGAAAACCCAGGAGUAACAGCAAUUGCGGUUGAUAUGGGAAAGAACAGCCAUUUUGCUGUGAAAUGGGCUACAGACAAUCUCUUGAGAAAGGGCGAAUCUUCCUCUUGCAUUCUUGUUCAUGUCCACAACAAACCAGCUCCCAAUCAGAACCCAAAUGGGCCAUCCAAGAAGGAGCUGCAGCAACUAUUCCUUCCGUUCCGAGGAUUUUGUGCCAGAAAAGGGAUUAAAGCCCAGGAAGUGCUUCUGUUUGAUACAGAUAUAGCAAAAGCUCUCUUAGAGUUCAUUGCCAAGAACUCCGUAGCGACUCUGGUCAUUGGUGCCACCAACAAGAGUGCUUUCUCCAGGAAGUUCUGGAGCGUCAGCCUUUCAACAACCCUACUCCAGGCCGCACCGGAUUCCUGCUCCGUCUACGUCAUCUCCAAGGGCAAACUCCAGAGCUUGCGGCUAGCAAAUGAGCCGCCGCCGGCGCCGCAUAACCACCAGCUCCCUCCGCCGAGCCCCGACCAGCAGUCCGAAGUAAUGUCGGUGUCGGAGUACAGCUACAGCCAGGGGAGCUUCAGGAGCGAGUUAUCGUCCGACAGAAUGUCCGUCGAGAGCAGCGAAUCCGCCGGUGUUACCAGAAUGUCGGCGAGCAGAGGCGGCGGCGGGUAUGGCAGAACACCAGCUGUACCUUCGGGGCAUCAUCAUCAUCAAGGCAGGAUGAUCAGUAGGUUGCCCGCGGCGGAAUCUGCCGGCAUGUCGAAUUUCAGCGAUGCUUCGUCGGCGUCGUCGUUGUCGUCGGCGGUGAUGACGAGGAACUUUCAGUAUGUUGAUGCGGCGUCGUAUGAGAGCAAUAAUAAUAGUACGGAGUUCUCUAGAUUGUCAGCUAGUUCUACCAGCUCAAAUAAUUCAUCCGAAAACAUGCAAUUGAUUGACUCAGAAAUCAGGAGAAUGAAGCUUGAACUGCAGCAAACUCUCGAUGCUUACCAUUCCAUUUGCAAAGAUGCUGCCACGGCCAAUCAAAUGAUGACAAAACCGCAAAAUUUCUAUUCUCGUGAAUCCGAAUCCGACGAGGAUUCCACUAUGUCCUUGAACCUCGAGAUUUCAACACCGGAAAUCGAAUUACAGAGGAACAAGGCGGCGAGAAUAUCACAACUAUUGUCGGAGAUGGAAGUUCAGAAGAAGCAAAAUGCAGAAAUAAUGAGAGCCAAUUACAAGCAAGCUCUAAGAGAUGAGAACCACCACCACGACUCUAGAUCAACGGAGUCGCUUGCAUAUUACGGCGGCGACAGUCAAAAUCCUAUUGUUCAGUUCAGAGAGUAUAACAUCCAAGAUAUAGAGAUGUCGACGAACCACUUUGCCCCGUCGAAAAAGAUUGGUGAAGGUGGGUAUGGACCUGUUUAUAAAGGCAUAAUCAAUGACGUUCCUGUCGCGAUCAAAGUUGUCAGACCGGACUUGUCUCAAGGACAAAAACAGUUCCAAAAAGAGGUCGAGGUAUUGAGUACCGUGAGACACCCACACAUGGUGAAUCUCCUAGGCGCAUGCCCUCAAUACGGGUGCCUGGUCUAUGAGUACAUGGACAAUGGGAGCUUAGAAGACCGUCUCAUGAGGAAAGACAACACCCCGUCGAUCCCAUGGCCCACGAGGUUCAAGAUAGCCUCCGAGAUCGCCACGGGCCUGCUCUACCUCCACGAGCACAGGCCCGAGCCCAUCGUCCACCGCGACCUCAAGCCCGCCAACAUCCUUCUGGAUUCCAACUACGUUAGCAAGAUAGGGGACGUGGGCCUCGCGAGGCUCGUCCCGGGGGCCGCACCAAACAGUAACGUGACAAGAUACCAUAUGACUGCAGCGGCAGGGACGUUUUGUUACAUUGACCCGGAAUACCAGCAGACAGGGCUACUGUCCGUGAAAUCGGACUUGUUCUCACUCGGCGUGGUUCUGUUGCAACUCAUCACGGGGAAACCCCCGAUGGGGUUGUCGUACCAUGUCGAAGAAGCCGUCGAGAACGAGAGGUUCUCGACGGUUCUCGACCCCACGGUUAAGGAUUGGCCCGUGGAGGAGGCUCUGUCGCUCGCCAAGCUGGCAUUGCAGUGUUGUGAGCUGAGGAAGAAGGAUAGGCCUAGCCUUGGGAAUGUAGUGCUUCCGGAGUUGAACCGGUUGCGAGAUUUUGCUGUGGGUAAUUUCUCGUUGGGUUGUCCUGAAGAAGACAUGGAUGUUGCACCACCACACUAUAACGAGGAACUUUUCAGCAGAUGAAAAUUAAGUGGGGAAAAUGGUGGCUAGCUAGCUCAAAAAAGGGAGAGAAGGUUUUGUGUUGGUCUUCAUGUUAUUCAAGUUUCCAACUUUGUUUAUUUAGAUGGGGAGAAUCAUUUCCAUUAUUAUUUUGGAGAAUAAGUAUGAAGAAAGAAGAAGAGGUGAAACAUGCAAAGGGAAAGAAGUCGAUAAUUAUUGAAAGUUUUGGGAGAAAAAUGUGAAAGGAUAGGGAUAUGGAAGAAGAGGUGGGGAAAGAAUUAUGUACUCAUUUAGAUUGUAAAUUUUUUUUCCAAUAUUUUCUUAGAUUCAAUAAUUUUUUUAAUCGUAUCUUAACUUUUCAUGGGGCGAUAAUCUUUAAAAAAAAAAUUAAUCGAAUCAUAGAAAAUAAUGAUAAAAGUCUCAAAUUCCA